GUAUACUUCGAAUUAGUAGAGCGGAAGAUUAAAGAGUAUAAUAUACUACCUAAGAAUAUCUAUAAUAUAGAUAAGAAGGAUAUCCUUAUUAGCUUCCUUAUAAAGGUAAAGAGAGUAGUCUUAAAAGCCGCUUUAGAUAGUAAGAGACUACUAGGCGAUAGAUACUAUAGCAAUAGGGAGUAG